AUGAAAAUACCGCUAGGUAUAAGACUUAAAAAGGCGGUGGUCAACGUGCUAUCGGAGAACGACGCGUGUUUCGCGCGCGCGGUGGUCGCCGCUCUGUACCCCGCCAAGCGCAACGCGGAACGAUGCGGCUCGCAUCCCGAUUACGCGACGGUGCUGAAUCUCGACGGGAUCGAUUUUUCCAUAGAUCUAAAAAAGAUCGGAAAAUUCGAACGUCAGAACGACGUAUCGAUCAACGUGUUUAUAACUCGGGAAGGAAUUGAAAAAAAAGCUAAGUUCGGCCGGGGCGCCGACGACAACGCGAUCGUGCCUCUACGGUUAACCGACGAUAAGAGGGACAGGCACGUAAAUCUGCUGUAUCUGCGCGAUACGCUGCGCGGCGUCAACAGGGGCCAUUUCGCCUGGAUAAAGAAUCUGUCGCGAUUGGUGAAUUCGCAAUUGACCGCGAAACGGUGCGCGAAGCACGUUUGCGAUCGAUGUCUACACUAUUUUUAUACGCGCGAUAAGUUGGCCGCCCACAGCGUCGACUGCGGCCAAAUGAACGACUGCGCCGUCGUUCUCCCGAACGAGAGCGAUAAGUGGCUGUCGUUCGACAAUCACGACAGAAAGGAGCGACUUCCCUUCGUAGUGUACGCGGAUCUGGAGUGUCUUCUCGAACAACGGGAGAGGGAAAACGUCGAGGGGGGGCCCGAGAACGGAAAGAUACGCUUAUCAACGUCACCGAUGGUGGAGCUUACGGAGGACGAGAAAAGCGAAUUUCGGCUCGCGACUCAUUGUCACGUGUGCGGGAAAUCGUUCCAACCGGAGGACAAGCGCAUGCGGGAUCACUGUCACCUAACCGGACGCUACAGAGGUCCGGCGCAUUCUCGUUGCAAUCUGAAUUACAGAAACGUUUACGUGAUUCCCGUGUUCUUUCACAAUCUGUCGGGUUACGACGCGCACUUCGUCGUCGAGAAAAUCGCGAACGAUUUCGAGGGCGGGGUCGAUCUGCUGCCGCUCACGAAGGAAACGGCGAGUAUCGAAACCCUGGCGUCCUAUCUGAACAAGGACAAGCUAAGAAUAACGCGUUCGGAGUACGCGGAUUUGAGCGCGGAGGAUCUCGAUCUGCUCACUCGCAAGGGAGUAUUUCCGUACGAGUACGUUGACAGCGCGGACAAACUGCGGGAGACCGAGCUUCCGCCGCACGAGGCCUUUUACAACUCCCUGACCGACGAGACCGCGAGCGAGAGCGACUACGAGCACGCGACGAAGGUUUGGCGACGUUUUUGCGUGCGAGAUCUCGGCGAGUACAGCGAUCUGUAUCUCAAGACCGACGACGUGCUUCUUCUGGCGGAUAUAUUUGAAAAUUUUCGGGACGCGUGUUCGGCGAGUUAUGGGCUUAAUCCCGCGCAUUACUACACGUUGCCGGGGUACACGUGGGACGCCAUGCUGAGGUACACCGGCGUGCGUUUCGAGCUGCUCACCGACAUCGACAUGGUGCUGUUCAUGGAACGCGGAAUACGCGGAGGCCUCAGUCAAUGUUCACUCAGGUACGCGCGAGCCAACAACAGGCACGUACCGACGCACGACUCGUCCCAGCCUACUACGUAUCUCAUGUAUUACGGCGUGAACAAUCUGUACGGCUGGGCUAUGACCGAAUUGUUGCCUUACGCGAAUUUCCAGUGGCUCGACGACCCUGAGAAUUUCGACGCGACGACCGUGCCGGCGGACAGCGACGUCGGUUACAUUUUGGAGGUAGAUCUCGAGUACCCGCGGGACCUGCACAACCCCACGCGGAUCUGCCGUUGUGCCCGACUCGCGACAAACCGCCCGCAAUGUCUGCGACUAGGUAUGCGUCUGACGCGCGUUCGUCGCGUUCUGCGAUUCGCCCAGUCGCCGUGGCUUCGCGUCUACAUCGAGCUGAACACCACGCUUAGGACGCGCGCGAGCAAAAAGUUCGAACGGAAUUUGUACAAAUUGAUGAACAACGCCGUCUUCGGCAAAACGAUGGAGAACGUGCGCGAUCACGUGGACGUGCGUCUCGUGACGCAAUGGGACGGGAGAUGCAACGCGGAGGCGUUGAUCGCUAAGCCGAACUUUCACAGCAGGAGCGUCUUCUCGGAGAAUCUGGUGGCCAUCGAGCUGCGAAGGCUCGAGGUAAAAUUCAACAAGCCGGUCUACGUGGUUAUGUGCAUUCUCGAGAUAUCCAAGACGAGUCUCUACGAGUUUCACUACGACUACAUGGUGCCGCUCUAUCGCGACCGUUGUCGAAUUGCUUACACGGAUACGGACAGUCUGAUCUAUUCGCUGGAGUGCGAAGACGCGUAUGAGCGUAUGAAACGCGACAUACACAAGUUCGACACGAGCGAUUACGCGGAGAAUAACGCGCACGGUGUGCCGCGCGUCAACAAAAAGGUGCCCGGUUUGAUGAAGGACGAGAACAACGGCGCGAUCAUGACGGAGUUCGUGGGCCUCAGAGCGAAGAUGUACACUUACAAAGUACUCGGAUGCGACGACACCAAGAGAAUAAAGGGCGUUAAGAGAAACGUAGUCGCGAAGAAGAUCAUGUUCGAGGAUUACGUAGCGUGCCUGCGGAACGCGCGCGAGCUGAAGACGCGCCAGUCGUGCAUACGCUCGACGCUGCACGAGGUUAACACCGUGUCGGAGCAAAAACUAGCCCUCAGUCCGCACGACGACAAGCGAUACGUGACGUCGAACGGCGAGGAGACGCUUCCGUGGGGACAUUACGGAAUACCGUUGUAA